AGUGCACUUUUUCACCGUGUUCUUUAAUAAUUCUUUUGUGGAUUGGGAAUAACGUGGUGUGUUGACAGAUGCAUAGUUACUUAAGGGGUUAUCCUGUUUGUUUGUUUGUUUUUCUCACAGAUAACCUAUGACAUACUUUAAGGGAGCUAAAAUAAAAUACCAUGUUUUACAGCAUAUUUGUCAACAGGUCAAUUACUAUCAUUGACAAACGUCAUCGAUGUUGAAUACCCACAUGACAGGUCAGCGUCAUCUGACAUCUCACUUUAAACCCAGACUGGUAGGUACUAUAGCCUAUUAUCUCAUGAACAUUUGAUACCGUCUCUCCGGUUAAGCCUGGACCAGGAGAGGGGGGAAAAAAGCUAAUUACAUAACAAUAAAGGAUCUGUGUCUGAGACCAACUUCCUGAAUACCACAGCAGCCCUUAGCCACUAAAGUCAGGUUCAGAAGUCACACUUCAGCUUAUCCUUUUUGACUUGACACAGUUACUGCUUCAAGCCUCCGUCUCAGUUCUCAGUUAUGAGGAUCGGUCAGUGAUGAAGCAGAGGUGAUGCUGUAGUUCCAGCCAGAUCCAAAAGGCAAACUUCACACACAGCAGGAACACGAGACCUCUGCUGUAUUAGGCAGCAGUGAAGAAGAAGGGCCCCAACCUUAGCUAAUGGGAACGGUUUAGGUGCACUUUUGUCAUUACGAGCAAGCAACAGAGAGACUGUAUUUGACCUUUUGCGCAAAAAUGUUUUGGUAGGCAACCAGCAGCAACAGCUAUUGUCAGAAGCUGUUUCAAAUGCAUUUAGCAGAUGCUUUUAUCCAAACAAUUUGAGUCAGUUAAUCAACAAUCAAGCUACAGUAAACAUACAAAAUACAUAAAUAAUAAUAAAUAAUACAUUUAAUUAAUAAAUAAAAAAAGUACAGUUAUAGUCAUAUUCGGUCAUAGAGUAAGAAGAGGUGCGUGUUAGAUGUUAGUGGGUCUGUUAGGAUAGGAGUUGUUACUUUGAAGAGAAACGUUUUUAAGUGCUUCUUGAAAAAAAGAGAGAGAGAGGACCCUGCUAUUGUGGCAGCUGGUAGUUUGUUCUACCAUGUUGGAACCAGGGUGGAGAAUGACCGAGAUCGCCUUGUGUGAGGAGAGAUGGGGCACAAGACACAUUGACACUCCUGUGAUGAGCGCAGCAUCCGAUUGGGUGUAUAAGCCUUUAUCAGUGAGUUUAGAUAUACCGGAGCGCUCCCUGCAGUUAUUUUAUAAGCAAGAGUCAGUGACUUGUGUUUGCUCCGUGCAGCCAUAUGUUGUGUGGUAAAAGUGAUAGGGCUUCGACAAUGAGGUUUUGACUUGCACUACACUACAUUAUGUCCGUCCCUCUCGAUCGGCAGUCACUGUAGGCAGCAACCCGGCUUGGUCAGCAAUAGAGACACAGACGCCCUUUUACAUCACAACUGCUUGUAUAUAGUAUAUUACAUGUAACAGGUUUGAUUAUUUGAUGACAGAUCUUCUAUAGUAAAUUGCAAUGGCGGGUCUCUGUGGGUUUUCUCUGGUUACUUUUUGAGGUAUAGCCUCAGCACUACACGAGUUACUAUUAACCUCCGUAACUCAGUAAAUACCUCUCUCACUUUAACAGUAAAUAAUAUCAAAAAAAAAGAAGCGAGAGAUUUUUUUUUUUAUCUCCAGCAUUCUACAUUGAGUGAGACCAUAAUGUCCAGUUAUUGUCAGAAGCUGUUUCAAAUUGGUUUUGAGCUAACUCAAGGGGAAGGCCCACACAGUUACAAGACUGCACACUCACUCAUGUAAAUAAAAAAGCUGUUUCCUUCCGUAGCCGGAGACUCGCAGUGCCAUGGCGGAUUCAGCUUCCUCCCCUCCCCCUCGUCUGCAGUGCUGACGCAUCUGCUGUUUGUGUAUCUUGCUGCAGCCUGUAUAUAUAUCUACACCCAGACUCUAGGCUGACAACACAGCUUUUUCUCUGUCUUGCAUUCAUUUUCAAAUCGCUGCCACUGCCGGGCAGCACUUGUCCUGUGACUGCUGUUAAACACAGCAGGACAGAGAUCACGACUAUCUUCUCUUAGAUUUGACGUUACCUAACCACUAUGACUGUGUAUGCAAGGACGAAGGGGCUACAGUGUAAUACAACGUCAGAAGCAUGAAACUAUUGGUCUAGCGAGCCACGGUGCUGGCAUAGUUGCUGCACAUUAUGACAUUUCUUUUUUUUUUUUUUACAAAAGAUAUAGUAUUUCUGUGCAAAAGACAUUCGUCCAGUUCUCAUGGAGAAGUAGCUGAUGAUGUAAUGUGGGAUUUGUUACAAUAUUUGUUGCUCAUCAGAUCAUUCGUCACCGUAAGCUGCUAUUAGCUAUGCAGCUGAGCAUUUUCUGAUGCUGUAGCAUCGACUACUGCGUGUGAUGUAGCACCCAGCAUCUCUCGCUCUCCCACAGCCUUCUGCAAUGCUUAAUAAAAGUUGCAGCUUCCUGCGCAGUGUCUAGAGUGAGAUGGCUUCAGUUGCCUAGCUAACACAAAGACUGUUUGAUACUCUGGAUGUGCUACAUGCUGUAGAUGCGGCGCAAGUUAUCUUUUCAGCUGUGCAGCUGCACCAAGUGGGACUGUAAGAGGAGGAAAGGGUCCAGGUAUUGGGCUGCAUGGAAAGAAGCGAAGGACAUUGGAACUGGAGUCUUUUGCACACAGAGAGGGAGGGAGAGGAAGAAAGACGUCAGAAAAAGAGCAGUGCUUUUUGACACUGUUCAGCGACCAUCACUAAAAGAAAACUACUUUCGCCUUUGCUCUCACCAAAUUGUUCUACAUGUACAGCCGGCUGUAUAUGUAGUACGAACGGAAUACUGCAUCAUAUCGUUUCCUGUUUUCUCUGCAUCGCAUUCUAAGGUUUACUAAGAUGAGAGUGGUUUUCCCGUGCACACAGAACCUGAUGGACAGUGCUCAUCCCCACGCUGUGCUAAGCAAACUCAAUGAGCAGCGCCUACAUGGCCUCUUCUGUGACAUUACCAUUGUGGUAGAAGAUGUUAAGUUUAGAGCCCACAAGAACAUCCUUGCAGCCUGCAGUGGUUAUUUUAGAAAUGCCCUCACCGCUCCCAACACGUGGAGCUCUGGACAGGUGCUGGAGCUGAUGGACUUGAAGUCAGAGGUGUUUGCAAGCAUCCUCAACUUCAUCUAUUGUUCUACAGUGACUUUGCACAGUGCAGGAGAUACGGUGGGUCUCGUAGCAGCUGGGAAAAGACUCGGAAUUCCUUUUUUGGAGAAGCUUGCCGAACAAGAGAAACAGGAUGACGAUGGUGUUAAAGUCAGCCCAGGACCAGUGUCUACAAAUAUAAAGACAGUUUCUAGACCUGAGGAUAUGGACGGUUCUAGAGGGCCACGUAUCACUAAUGCCUUCUCUAUAACUGAGGACUGUCCUGGGGAUAACCUUUUUGCCCCCUUAGUUCAAAGCAGUGGGCAAAGGCAGUCCCCAGAUGUGGGAGAGCUACCAUCCAGCUGCCCUAAAACGUCCUGUCUCAAUGGUAACAAUGAGACGACUCAGGCCCUCUCAGAGCACUCGUAUGCAGUGAAUAAAUCCACUGAAAGCAAAGACAGCGGUCAGUCAGAAAACAGGAAGCUCAGUAAGCCAGCAAUUUUACAGUCCAAGAUGCUCUUUUAUAAGAACACGGGACCACUUAAAAAACGCCAUAAACUAAGAGGCAUUUUGGGUAAAACAAUUCUUUCAACGCAAGUUGAACUUCAGACAGACAAAGAAGUAACAACUUCAACUGAUAGCAAUAUUGAUGAAGUUACUGCACCCAGAACCCCACCUCCACUUUUUUCAGAAGGAGAAGGAGGAAACUGUGAAACGACCAGCUUAAUCACCAACAGCAGUCAAACGGAUCUAGGACCACCAACCCUUUCUCCACAUCGAGAGGAGAACAUCUCGAUCUACAGCUGCGAACAUUGCCCAGAGAUAUUUGCAAAUAACGCUCUUCUAGCUGUUCACUCAGAAGUACACAAAAAGGGUUUUGUCAGCCAUUUGUUCUGCAAGUUCUGUCACAGGAAAUUUAUUCACUUAAAACGGCUGCGCAAUCACGAGCAACUCUGCCGUAAAGCUGCAAGGACGUCACCUGCAGUAGAAAGUCAAAUUUCAGUUGAAGAGACGGAUCAUUCUUUGGGUGAUGGUUCAAGUACAAAAAUCCUUGAGGUACAGCCUAACACUGACCUUUUGAACACUCUUAAUACAGAGCCCCCUAUAGUUGACAGCCCGUGGAAUGCAAAGGCAGUGAGACCAGCAGGAACUCAGAGAAAAUAUAACUGCAGUGUGUGUAAGCGGGUCUAUGUCACUCUAUCCAGUUUAAAGAGGCAUGAGAAUGUGCACUCCUGGCAAAGAGCCUAUCCGUGCCAUUACUGCAAUAAAGUGUUCGCUUUGGCAGAGUAUCGCACCAAGCAUGAAAUAUGGCAUACUGGUGAACGACGCUACCAGUGCAUUUUCUGCCUGGAGACGUUCAUGACGUACUAUAUCUUAAAAAACCAUCAGAAGUCAUUUCACGGCAUUGAUCCAAAUUUAUCUGUUAAGAAGAAAUCUGCAAAUGGUGGCUUGAAAGCCAGUGUUUAUCCAAUCAAACUUUACAGGCUUCUGCCAAUGAAGUUCAGAAAGAGACAAUAUAAAACGUACAGUCAUACUUUUUCAGAAAGUACAGAAGGGGGAGACCAAGCGUCUUUGGAUAACAACUUACUUAUGCCUUUACUGGAAGAGAACAGACAGACCAGCCAGCCUGAUGCUGUGGCAUUGCCUUUGACAUUCAUGGCAACAACAAAGACAGUGGCUCCUGUGAUUCCUCGCAUUAGCUUUGGGAGGUCUUGUGACCAAGAGGUUGAUCAAACUUUGAAUAGUGAAUUAGAAACUGAGACUAGAGAUUCUACCAUCAUCAACCACAAUGUCUUGUCUACGCAACAUGAUUUGGAGAUUUGCAAGAACAAUCCGUCUCCAUUGAUAAACUCAGACCAUUGCGGUCAAAAUGUGGCACUCUUAAACUCUCUCAAUACUGUUAAAAAGUUAGGCGAACUAUCAGCUUCUGGAAAAAAGGUUGAGAAUAUGAAAAAAUUACUUCGGUCAACAGCAAAUGUCAGGCAUGAUAAAUUUAGACGGUCCAAAACUGAGACCUACAUUGCUAAACCAGUGUGCCCGGGGCCGUCCAUGAAUGGUGAUACCAUUCCGCUUUGUCAGAUAACAGUGAAAAUAGGCAAUGAAGCCAUCAUCCGCAGACAAAUCAAAGGAUCCAAGCUCUUUCCGAAGAAGAAAAUGAAAGUUCGAGACGUCAAAGGAAUACAACGUUCAGGUCAAUGUCAUCGGGUGAGUGAUAGUUCAGAGAGUCUCGGAGGCCUCCUAAAGCCAGACGUCACCCCCAGCACCAGGAAGAAACUGUUUGACGGUCCCAAUGACUGUGACACAGCUGAUGUUCUUUGGCGGCCCUACUACUCUUACAAGGCUAAAAAGAAAAGAAAAAGGUUGAGACUGAAGCAAAGAAAGGCUUUGUUUCACCAAUUUUCUGAAACAUUAAUGGAUCAAGCUUCUGCUCCGACUGAGGCCCAACUCGACAGGGGCAAACGGAAGACUGAAAAGAUUAUCUCAGGAAGUGAUGCAGAAGUAAAGCUCAGUCUUAACCUAAACAGCCCCAGGGCCACCUACUGCUGUGACAUCUGCGAUAGCUCUUUCAUCACUAAAACGGGUUUGAGGGCUCAUGUUAUUGGUUCUCAUCCAUGCUUUUGCUGUACCUGUGGUAAACAGGGUCCCCCUGGUGAAGCUCCAGCUGGUGGUGACUACAUUUGCAACAGCUGUAUGGAAAGUGGCUCCUGCUUUGACAACUCAACACUAAGUCCCAAUCCAGAAAAGAAGUAUUGCUGCUCGUUCUGUCCCCAGCGCUUCCUUUAUCUUGCAACGAAAAGAAGCCACGAGAAAAAACAUCAAACCAUUAAUGAGGAGAGAUAUAGUUAUGACAUCACGGCAUCUCCUAAGUACCUGAAGGAUCAUGAGCAGAAACCCAUCAAAACAGAAGACAUGGAUUACCAAGGAUGCAUUGAUAUAAAAAGAGAAAAAGAGGAAGAUGGACAGUUUCCCAUCGAUACAAGUAACCCUAAAAUGAAAGAUAAUACAGAAAUGAAAUGUGUAACUACGUACCAGGAUGUGACAUAUCCCAACAUAAAAAGUUCAUUAUCACCCUGCCAUGAAUCACUUGUGACUGCAAAGGUAAAACAUGGGAUGGGGAAGAAACGCCUACAUUUGCAAUCUGCUAUGCAUUACAUCGUGAAAGAGCAGGCCUGCAGGAGAGACAGCAAUAGUAACCGAAUAAAUAUGGUGGGACCUAGAACAAGCAGUCAGAGUGAUCAUGACAAAACUUUCAGAAAAGAUAACUCAAAGACAAAAAGUAACCCGGUUUUUGUAUACAAGCCAGAUGAAUGGGUCUGCAAAGACGAGCCAUUUUUCUAAAGAUGUUUGAGGAAAGAAAUUAACCUGUAGGCGAAAGUAAUAAAAAUGUGUAUUAUUAUUUUUGCAACUGAGGUAGUAGACAUAACCAAGCAUAAAAAGAAAAGGAAAUCAGUGGAGGCUUACUCAAACUACUGAUUGUUUUUAACUUUUGUAGAGGCUAUUUGUUAUCUUACUUCUAUUUUUUGACAGACGACACUUUGUUAAUUCUCUAUGGAUAUAAGACUGAGUUAGAGACUCUGCUGUAAUUAAAAAAACUGAUGUGUUUGUAAGACUAAAAUGAGUUUUUAUAAAAAAUAUGACUUAUUUUAAUCAGUUUAUUGAGCGUAAUGGAAUUCAAUGUUUAGGUUGGACUAUACUUAUCUGUUUUCUACAAUGCUUUUAUUUAUUUCUAAGCACCUCUGAUUGACAUAUACCUAACUUCCAGAUGAUACAAAUAAGUUACGACUUUCUAUGUAUUUAAUGUUUAAAUAAAAUAUGGAGAAUUGUGAAUAAA